UGGGUGUUUAAUGACAGGAGGCAUUUCCUUCAAGGCGACACUUAGCAAGCAGGCAGCCUUCCCUGGGAGCAGAGAGAGGAGCGUAGGGACGGCAAGAGAAACAUUUUUGUCUGCGUAUUCCGUCGUGGGUCUCAGUUUGACCCCCUUAUGAUCAAUAAACCUGUGGACAAGAAAGAAGUUCGCAAAGCUAGGAAAAGUAAAUCCAGGAUACUUACCAAGGGCGGCGCAAUAACAACGGCUUUGAGGCGGAACAUAUUACAGCUCGCACGAGGACGGAGAAUGAACGGCAAAGAAGGAUCAGCACGGACAAUGUCUUGUGCCUCGCACGCUUCGGUAAGGUCAAAGGCUUCCUCCACCGAGGCGGCGGGGACCAAAGCUCGGGCGAAAGCAGAGGCAGCAAAAGCACGUCUGUCCUACGCUCGAAAAGAAAUGUCGCUCAAGGUGGAAAAAGCGCAACUGGAAGCGAAGAUGGAUAUGCUAUCGUUGCAGCAGGAAGCAGCGGCGGCUCUGGCCGAAGCGGAUGUCCUGGAAGCUGCCGUCGAAGGAAGUCUUCGGAGCAGUACCAAUCUGAACCUGGAACGGCUAUUUGAGGCUCCGGUCGACACUUUGGAGCGCACCAAAGAAUACGUAGCCAAGCAGGUCGAAACGCCGCUCCGACAGACGACGAUAUGGAAUGAGACGCAGCGUUACGAAUCACCGGAUGUCUACUCUGGUCAACACUCGCAUCACCAGAACGGAAGUAAAACACCUUCGCGGUCACGAGACACUCCGGCCACCCGCCCGUAUUCCAACAACAUGCAAGACAGUCGUGAAGCUUACAGAUCAAGUUCGAGUUCUUAUCAUCUCCCGUCCAGCCAGACAUCUCAUCGGUCUCUCUGUGAUCAAACUAAAAUGGCCGACUUUGCGAGAUAUUUAGCCCGGCGUGAGCUGGUUUCGACGAGCUUGAUCAAAUUCGAUGAUCAGCCGUGCAGUUACAGGGCGUGGAAGCAGUCCUUUCUGAACGCAAUCAAGGACCUUAACUUGACGCCAAGCGAGCAGAUGGAUCUGUUGGUGGCCUGGCUGGGGGAGGAGUCAGCGGAGCACGCCAAACGCAUCAGGGCUGUCCACGUCAACUCGGCAGACAGAGGACUAAGAAGAAUAUGGGAAAGACUGGAAACGUGUUACGGCGCACCGGAAAUGGUGGAGGACUCGUUGUUUGAACGAAUCGCCAGCUUUCCCAAGAUCAACAGGGAUUAUUUAAAGCUCCAUGAGCUGAGUGACUUUCUCAUAGAACUGAAGGCAGCCAAAGCAGAUGGAGACCUGCCUGGUCUUACAUAUUUGGACACAGCACGUGGACUCCAUUUAUUAGUUCGAAAGUUACCGUUCAACCUGCAAGAAAAGUGGCUCACUGUCGGAACAAACUACAAACUCCAACACCGUGUAUCCUUCCCCCCGUUUGAUGUUUUUGUGGACUUUGUUGAAAAACAAGCGAGAAUUCGAAAUGACCCAGGCUUCAAAUUCACAGCUCAUCUUGACACCUCAAAAGCAGGCGAAACUCAACGAAAGCCGAUUUUCUACGAUGCUGUCUCGGUUCAUAAAACUGACGUUCUCUCUUCUCCUACUCCUGCCAAGCCACGCUUCGAGAUUGACGAUCCCGAGACACAAUGUCCUAUUCAGAAAAAGCCUCACCCGCUCAAGAAAUGCCGUAGCUUCCGUAAAAAGCCGCUGGAGCAACGCAAGACGCUCCUAAAAGACAAUGCGGUGUGUUUGAAAUGUACGUCAACCCAACACAACGCCAAGAACUGUCAAUUCAUCGCAAAGUGUGAGACUGAUAAACACAUUUCUGCAAUUCCUCCUGAACCAGCGCCGGGAAUCCAAGAACCAAGUGCCCCUACGCAGGACGACGGGGAGAAAAUCCCAGAACCUUGUGAGGAGGUUAGUACUCGUUGUACAGAAGUAAGUGGAGAUCACCAGAACUCCAGAUCCUGCUCAAAAAUCUGUCUGGUCAAAGUAUACCCGAGUGGCCGUCCUGACAGAGCGUUGAAGAUGUACGCAAUCAUAGACGAGCAGAGCAAUGUCCCUUGCUUGCUCACAAUUUUUUGAGGUCUUUAACAUUCAAGGCCCUUCUGCUCCAUACUCCCUCCAAACCUGCUCUGGAGUGACAAAAACUACCGGGAGAUGUGUUUCAAAUUACAAAAUUGAAUCUAUGGAUGGAAAAGUGCGCCUCUCGUUACCAACCCUACUGGAAUGCGACGGUAUCCCGAACAAGAGGUCCGAAAUUCCGACACCAACCGCCGCAGCUGAUCAUGCACACCUUCAAUCGGUUGCUAACUUGAUCCCAGAGUUGGAUCCAAAUGCGUCCAUCAUGCUCCUUCUCGGGCGAGACAUCAUCUCAGUCCACAAAGUACGUGAGCAGGUGGAUGGACCGCGGGAUGCUCCCUAUGCUCAGAAACUCGACCUGGGAUGGGUCAUUGUUGGAAAUUUGCAUCUUGGAAGCGAUCGCAAGCUUGAACAAAAGCGAACGAGAGUCUUCAAGCCCCGCUCGAAUUUCUUUCAUCUAAAGGAGACAUAUAACCAGUUCCUUGCUCCUUCUCGCCCAAAUGGAACCUUCUCAAAGGGAUACAGAAUGAAAGGCGAUGAUAUCGGAGCUGCAGUGCUUCAGGAGACCAGAGAUGAAAACAGUCCAUCAAUUGGUAACAUCCCAUUCCUCCAAAUCGCAGAGAGAAAUUUCAAAAAGAACAACAUCUGGCUGAAGUUUCCUGACAACAAAGUCCAGGCCUUGGGUGGUUUUUGCUCUCUGAGAUGCAAUUUUGAGAGAAAGCUAGUAAUGAGACAAACAAUUCUUAGCUUAACGCCCCAAAAAAUUCAAAGUAAACAAGCUGAACUAGUCACAUUGAAUGACGAAAGGUGCUACUAUCAUCCAAGGAACAUCUGUAUGCCGUUUUACUACAGCAUCCAGCACCAUUCUGUGUCACCUGAUGAUGUCUUAUUGACAGGAACGUGCCUCAACAACAACCGUGUUGACCUUUUUCUCACACUUCAAAAGGAAGCUGUCGCCAUGACAGCAGACAAAUACAUCCAGGACGAUAACCCAUGUGAAGACAUACAAAGAAAGCGGGUGUCCAUGUCUUUGGGAACUGGUCUGAGACAGUCUGAGAAGUACCAAAAGAGAAGUUUGAACGCAUUCCCACCUCAGGAGCGUGCAAUCUCAACGCCUUUCAUUAAUGAUGGGUCACGAAUCGGAGAAGCUGAACCCCGUUCAGAAGAUAAAGCUCUCAUCAUUUUUGGCAAGCACUAUGUUUCUACACUUCUGAUCAAGCACUACCACCAGGAAACAUAAUAUCAGUCCUGAAAGUGCGUUACAAGAUGCUGGCUUAUGGAAUUUUAAUGGUACAACACGAAUGGAUGUGCCACAUGGUGCGGAUUCCAGUUUCAUCAACACAUCAGCAAUUCCUAGCUAUCCGGGGCCAAGUGAAACUGAUCCAUUCUGAUGGAGGAACCAACUUGUUCAAGAUUGAAGAUCGACAACACAAACGUGGAAAAGUUCCUGUCUGGUAAAGCUUGCAGAUUUUCAAUUUGAAGUUAAUUCAUAUGAGCGGGCCAUGGAACCAGGAUGGAUCCUCAAACUGACUCUUUAGAGACUCUCCAGUUUUCAAGGUGAAGAACCAAGUCUCAAAAAAGGGACAGGAACACAAUGUUCCUGUGGCCAGUCAAAAACAAUUCUACUUAUGGGGCCAGAGAAGCCAUAGUAUUAUUUUGGACAUUUACGUAGAGAUAAACUUCUCUAGAAGUUAUCCUGUUGCCACCUAGUUGCAUCUUACGCUCUACAGAGGAACCUUGAAAGUUAUCAGCAGGUCUUAAAAUAAUGGAAAAACAUGAGUGAGGUGUGCAUGUUGUCGACUUGGGAAAGUAAGCUAGCACGGAUUAGCAUGUCCAUGAAAAUAUGAAGAAGUUGCUGAGAGAAGUGAAGAUGGUUUGUGAUUAAAGUGAUUUGAGUUAUGGCUGUGAUCACAAUGAGUAAACUCUUAAGUCAAGGUACCGCUGUAUAUAGUUCUGCUUUUCAAUUGUAUUUCCAAAGGCGAGGCGUAAAAAGAUGUUUCUAUCACCUCAGCUCGGUAAAUCUAUCCGCGGGAACGCGAGCCCCUGCAGUGCGCCAAUUUUCUCCCAUCGCAAAGUUUGAACGUUUUCCAAAGAUCCCCGGCAGAGGCAGCAGUAAAUAAUAAAAGAAGGAGACGGAGCGAUAGAUGGUGUGACGUAUAGAACCGAGUCCAAAGCAGCGUCGGAAAGGUUUAGAGGUCACAGGCAGACAGUGAGAGACAGGUCAUUACAGGAGAAAGGGCGGUUUUAUUAGCCGAGAAAGGUUUUCAUAACACGCCCUCGCCGCAGCUGACAGAGGUGAGGAGCCGUCACUCUGCUGCCUCCGACAAAAGGGUGAAGAGGAUGCUGCAGGAAGCGCCUUUCAUUUAGGAAAGAAAAGACGAAAUCAAAAAAAAAAAAAAAGUAAAGCCCACUAGGCUUGAUUUUGUCAUUUUUCCAUCACACGUGACGAAAAGAAAAAUCAGAAUGAAGAGUGCGCGCAAAUGUCAAUCUCGACUCAAAACAUGUUUGUUUAUUAAGUUGGAAAAUCUUCAAAAAAUAUGGAAAAACAGCUUGUAUUUCAAAAUAUUUUGAGAUGAAAACAAUCUCAGCACUAUUCUUUGCCGCCAUGCUUUGCCCGAUAGUUUAGAAAGUAAAUUUAUCACAGAAAGUAAAAUGGGAAGCUGGUAAAAAAACAAAAACAAAUGACAUGGUACGACUUCUUUUUUUGUUGCCGUGGGAAUGAUUUAAGAGCGAGCUUCUCAUUUGGCUGCCGUAGUCGUGCGAGGACCUUGGAAAACAGAGCAAGUCCCAAAGCGGUGCACGAGUCUCCCCGGGAAACACGGCGACGAGCUUUCAAGGAUGCCGAGACACUUCAGGGCCGCUGCUUGCCGUCUUUGGGACCGCAUCCACAACUUGAUUAGCUCUUUGCUUUUUCUGCGCCUGCCUGAUUUGGUAGUCGUAUUUUCUUUUACGGCAGUCCGACCGAUGGAAAAGAUGUUUAAAGCGCAAUUUUGUUCACUCGACCCUGAAACCACAUAUUGUCAUAAAACACGCAAAUGUUCAUAAUGUUAAAUACGAAUAAAGCUACCCCGAAUCCAAAACGGCAACAGUAAUGGAUGUCCAUAACGGGGUGGUAAUGAUAUAACUGCCUGAUAUGAAAUGGAAAUGUUAGAUGAUUCCUUUGAAAUAAAAGAACCUUUUUAUGGUACAGUCUGUGCCUUUAAAAUAAGCGCAGAUGCAAAUAGUGAUAUUACAGGAACCCUGUGGCAAAAUAAAUAUCAUAAAGAUUUUUAAGUCUUCCAUUAAAGCAAACUUAUCUUUUGUGUUUUAUCAAAAUAAGACAUUUGCAUUUUACAAUGGGUAACACUAAGCAACAUUUAUUUACAAGCUUCUGAUGUGGACAAAAGAAAGUAAUUUCAAUUUAUUUUAAUAUCAUGUGACUCAACCCUGCUUUUGCUUAUUUAUACGCAUAGCCAAAAUAAAAAUUGCUUUUCGCCA